CAUCGAAUCUCUUAUACUUCUUCUCUCAUAGCAGCACCCGCUAGCUGCAUAUAAAUUCUGGAACAAUGCUAAGCGCUAUCCGCCAAACUGCAGGCUCGUCCUCGCGUCGGCACAUGGCCCGCAGGACAAUCACUGCCUCUCUGCCGAAGCCCAACACAGGGACGGAGGUCUCGCAUUCCCAAGAGGUCGGAGCAGCGGUGGAGACACAAGACGUGACUACCAUGGACCAUCUACUGCGAAUCGCGGACGAGUGAGCCCUGCGAACCAAAUCAUGUUGCCCGUGAGGAGCGGCGUGAUGUGGUCCGAGUCCCUCCGCCGCUCUCGGGCAGGGGCGUCAGAGAGACCGGAAGACGUGCCGCCCCACAAUUUGACGCCUCGCACCAUGGCCGACUCGUACUGUGAGCAAAACCUGCAUUUCUCGUCCCAGCCAGAGCUCUUUGAACAGUACACAAACACAUCUGGUGGUAUCCGCACGGGCAAGCUUAUGGAGCAUCUCGACUCGCUCGCCGGAUCGAUCGCGUACAAGCAUAUGCUGGGUCCCGUAGAGACAAUCGGAAACCCUACCGAUCUCGGUUUCUACCUUGUGACAGCAUCCGUCGACCGAUUGGAUAUGCUGGCGUACAUGAGCCCCGUACGUGAUUUACGUUUAAGUGGGCAAGUCAUCUAUGUCGGAAGGUCGUCUAUGGAAGUUGCGGUGCGUAUGGAGGCAUUGAACGGGGACGGUACAGAGGAAACCGUCAUGCUUGGACGCUUCUGCAUGGUGUGCAGAGAUAGCAAGACACAUAAAGCUCGUCAGGUCAACCCGCUGGUAAUCGAGACCCCAGAGGAUCAACAGCUUCGGUGCAUGGGCGAAGCGCACAAAAACCGUCGCGCGACGACGGCAAUCCAGUCUCUUGCGCUUGUGCCCCCAUCAUCAGCGGAAGCCGCGGCCUUGCACUCCUUAUAUUUGCAAUCGACGCUUCAGUCCGAGACUAUCGACCCGCGCGUUGCAGAUGACGAGCGUGUGCCCAUGGGCACCACUCGCCUUGAGAAGACGCUAACAAUGUACCCGCAAGAGCGCAACAUUCACCAGAAGAUCUUCGGUGGUUACUUGAUGCGCUUGGCGUAUGAGCUCGGGUAUUCGAGUUCGAUGCUCUUCACUCGUGGACCCGUCCGUUUCCUUUCGCUCGAUAGCAUCUCCUUUGCCCGUCCGGUACCAAUCGGCUCUGUCCUUCGUCUCAAAUCGCACGUGCUCCAUACCACCUCUACAAAAGAGUUCCCUGCACUAAUCCAUGUUGGCGUGGAGGCGAACGUUGUGGAUAUUCGGACAGGCAGCGAGCAGAUGACUAAUGACUUCCGACUCACAUGGUGUCGCGAGGACGGCGAGCCGCUCAAGCGAGUAGUCGUGCCUAUGACGUACCAAGAGGCCAUGUGGUGGGUCGAGGGCAAGCGCGCUCUCGACCUCGGCGCCGAGAUUCGCAGAAUACGCGCAGAGAAACGCUCUUGAGCGGUCUAUCCAUAUGCAGGACGACAGGAAAACUUGACUUUUUGUCACAAGAGAUGGUUAUCUCAUCUAACGCUGUACAUUUACCGCUAAUUCAUACCCAACAGCUGCACCUAUAGACGCGCCCUGGGCCUCAAAGCAUUGUAUACCUGCUUGAUAGAGAUAUAAUAAUUCAAGUUCUCGAAUGACUUU